AUGGAUGGUUGUCAUUUUAGUGUUUACAAAUACAAAUGUUAAAUUAAUUUUAUCGUUUUACAAUGAGUUCUUUAAUUAAAAAUAUUUAUGUUUUAAAAAACUCAAAUAAAAUUGCGGUAAUUAUGUGUGAUAACGAAAACAUUUUGCAAACAAAAACCUUCCAAGAAAUUAUACACACUUCUGAAAUAUUUGAAAAAACAUUUCGAAUUUCAUUAGGGAAUAAUGUUAAUUUAUGCAUAGGUUUAUGUAUUGAGAAAAAUAUACAUUUACCUUCCGUUAUAAUUUGUUUGCAGAAACUUGAACAUGCCUUUGUUUACCUCUAUAAAAAGGACUUAGAUAAUGCAGAAAAUUGUAAUGUGGAUUAUAUAUUGUCUCUUAAUAUUGAUAUUAUCUCUAAUUUUGAAAAACACUCUGAAAUAACUGUUGAUAAAGAUAGUACAUUUAAAUUAUGGAAAAAUUCAUCAACCUCUAAGUGCUCUUACUUAUUUAAAGAUAUAUUUUGCAUUGUAAAAACAUCAGGCACUACAGGAGAAAAUAAAACUAUUCGGAUACCUUAUACUUGUAUAGAAAAUAAUGCUGUAAGUUUGGGGAAAGUGUUUAAAAUUGACUCCACUGAUGUCAUAUUUUGGGGCACACCACUAUCAUUUGAUCCAUCUUUAAUAGAACUUUUAUUGGCACUGCUACAUGGAGCUACACUUCUUAUAGUACCUUACAGAACUUACAUCAAUCCGACGGCUCUUUUUUUGUCUUUGUUUAAAGUGGUUCCAAUAACUAUUCUUCAGAUGGUACCUUCAGUUUUCCUGAGAUGGGAUGAAAAUUCAAUAGAAAAAAUACUUUGUGAGAGUAAUCUGAAAAUAUUGGCUUUUGGGGGAGAAGUUUUUCCUAAGAAUGUAUUAAAGUUUAAAAGAAAACAAAAUUUAUUCUUAUUUAAUCUCUAUGGUAUUACUGAACUGUCUUGUUGGGCAACAGUUCAUCAAAUAAGUGAGGAGACCCCAGAAGAUGAGAUACCCAUUGGUCAAUGUUUAAACGAAACUAUUGUAGAAGUACUAGAUAAAAAUAAAGAGGCGAUAAAGAAUGGAGAGGGAGUUAUUUACAUAGGCAGUAAUUCAAGGAAAUGUUUCAUUGACAAUGAAACUGAAAUAUGUUUACCAAUAUUUAGAGAAACUGGUGAUAUAGGCUAUAUUGAAAAUAGCAAUAUAUAUUAUAAGGGAAGAAAAAACAAGAAUAUAAAAAGAUAUGGCCACAAAAUCAAUCUUACCAAAAUUGAAGAAACAAUUUUCAACAAAUGCAACGUUUCGAGCAAAUGUGUGUGGUCAACAAAAAGGAAAAAACUACUAUUUUUUAUACUGAUAAAACAUUGUAGCAUAGGUAUGAAAGUAAAAAUAAUAGAUAAAAUUCGAGCAAAGCUUUUGCAUAUUUUACCCCAAGAAUAUUAUCCAGAUUAUUUUGAAAUAUUGCAAUCCUUUCCGACAACUUUGCAUGGUAAAAUUGACGAAAAAAAGUUGGAGGAAUUUUAUAUUAUGAGUUUAUCGACUACUAAUUUAGAUGUUACAGAAUUAUUUUGUAAUCUUUGGUAUAAAUAUCUUGGGAUUAGUAGUGAUAAUAUUGAGUGUGUCGACAACUACAGCUUUUUUGAAUUGGGUGGCAAAUCGAUAAACAUUUUGCAGUUAAUUUCUGAAUUUAAAGAAUUGACCAACAUUGAAUCAGCGGAAUUGUUAGCAGCUAUUUUUGAAAAGAAAUUAUCUGAGUGUAAAACUUUGUUAGUUAACUGCAAUUUCAAAAAAGCUAUUCAAAAGAAGGAUAAUAUAAUUGAUAUCGAAUCCGUUGCUAAAAGGCAAAAAAUUGAUGAUGUUAGGAUGAGAAUAAUAUGGAAAUAUGAUUUGAAAGCUUGUGUUGAUGGGCAACCAUUAGUUUUUACUGAAAAAUCCAAUACUAUCAGAAUAGCUGCAGGAAGUUUUUGUAACAUAUUUACAAUUCUUAAUGAAAAUGGGGAAGAAAUAUUCCAAGAUGUACUCACCGGUUCCAUAGAAACUAUUCCGACCAUAUCAUCUUGCAAGCAUUUUAUUUAUAUAGGAUGUUAUGAUGGCACAAUGCAUUGCAUAGAUUAUCAUAAAAAAUUAACAGUUUGGAAAUUUAAAACUGGUGAUCGAAUAAAAUCUUCUGCAUUUUUCUUGAGAGAUAGAAUAGUUUUUGGUUCAUAUGAUAAACAUCUUUAUUGUUUAUUUGCACAGGAUGGAUCAAUAGUAUGGAAAACUGAGGUAGAUGGUAACAUAUCUGCAAAUGUUAUGCAUCACGAAAAAUUUGGAAUAUUUGUGACAACCACCAGCGGAUGUUGCUAUUGUUUAUCAGAAACCAAUGGAAAUGUCACUUGGGUGUACAGAAGUGAAAUCCCAAUUUUUGGAACACCUUGUAUAACACAUCAACUAGUUAUAGUGCCAUCAGUUUUUGGAAUUUUGUUUUGUUUAUCUGCACACAAUGGAGAGCUUAUUUGGAAAUUUAAAUCAGACGGACACAUAUUUUCAUCUAUAGUCAAUUAUAAAGAUUUUAUUAUAUUUGGGUGUCAUGAUAAAAAUGUUUAUGUAUUAAGAAUAUCUGCUGCUGAAUUUAUUUUAGCAGGAAAGAUUCUAUUGAAUAGCGAAAUAUCUUCAACGCCAUUUGUUUAUGAACAAAACAAUUCUGUGAGGAUUUUAGCGGUUGCUAAUGUAGGAAUAGUCUAUUCAAUUGAUUUUCAAAAUUUAACUGUGAUACAGGAGUUAAAAUUGCCUGGUGAAAGUUUUUCUUCGCCUUUUGUGUAUGAAAAUAAAGUUUAUGUAGGUUGUAGAGAUAAUAAUUUAUACUGUUUAUCAUUAGAAUGAAAGUGACUACAUAUUUUGUGUUCAGUAGAAAAAUGUAUGAUC